CAUAGCGCCAGGGGGGCAGGCGGAGUGCAGCGGGGCGGUGCAACGCGCGCCGCCGUCCCGGCCGUCGGGCAGACAGUAGGACGGCGACGCCACUGAGAGUCGGUGACCACGGCGCGAGGAGCGCGCUCGCCGCACAGUGACAUGUAGCGCGGCCGCCGCGCCGCAGCCCCGCGACCACUCCGCCGGUGGCGGCGCGCCGAUGCGCCUGCCGCCCGGCCCGACGCCGACGCCCGCGCCGCGAUACCUUCCCGCGAUCCGCAACUAAUCCUCACCAGUGUCACUUUCACUGUUACACCUGAAGCGAGCCCUUCAGCCCGUCUGUAUUGACGACAGUCGUCGGAUGGAACCCGGAGUGCGCCGAUUCGCAUCAAGGUUAGACGAAUAUUUGAAUGUGAGUGUUAGUGCGCCGCCCGCCGACGAUCCAGCGCGCCCUAGCGCACCCCUGUACUUCAGCUGUACGCGCACACUACAGUAACACAUAGCGGCGGGAGCUAGCUCAGACAUGGGAAGUGAGCACUAUUGCCUAAGGUGGAACAAUCAUCAGAGCAACCUGCUGGGAGUAUUCAGCCAGUUGCUGCACGACGAGAGUCUGGUGGACGUCACGCUAGCCUGCUCCGAAGGUGCAUCCAUUAGGGCUCAUAAGGUAGUGCUGUCUGCGUGUUCAUCGUACUUCCGAUCUCUGUUCGUGGACCACCCGUCGCGUCAUCCAAUCGUGAUCCUGAAAGACGUGGGCCUAGAGGAACUACGGACCCUUGUGGACUUCAUGUACAAGGGCGAGGUCAACGUCCAGUACUGUCAACUGCCUGCUCUCCUCAAAACUGCCGAGAGCCUUCAGGUAAAAGGACUAGCUGAAAUGACUACUUUAAGCGCAGCCGGCAUUGAAACAAGAAAAGUUCAAGAACCAAUGGAAGAGUGUCAACCACAGGAGACAAGAGAAAGUUCAGAAACACAUGAAAAGUUAGACGGCAGAGAUCACAGAGAAAAGGAGGAUCGGCGCGAACCGAAAGAGACACGGGAAGUCCGUGAAAGAGAAAACAAAGAUACUCGUGAAGUAAGAGAAACUCACGUUAGAGAGAGUCACACAAGAGAACCUCGAGAGUCGAGGGAAUCAAGAGAACAUAGAGACAGAGAACAAAGAGAACCUCGUGAUCUAAGAGAAUCACGAGAUAUUAGGGAAUCAAGAGACCCUCGCGAUUUGAGGGAUCCCCGCGAACUGCGGGAACAUAGGGAAUCUAGAGAAUCGAGGGAAAUUUCACGAGAUUUAAGAGAGGUUCGGGAUCCAAGAGACUUACGCGAAUCUCGGGAAACUCGUGACCAUAGAGAAAUGCCAGAAGCGUCGCCCCCAAGAAUAUCGCCGUUACUUUCGGUGCGGCGAUUUAGGCCAGACCUGUCGGGCGAGGCUCCUUCCCUCACACACCCUCCUAUACCAAAAGACGAACCACCUGAUGAGCCCAUGCGAUCAUCGUCGCCAGAAGACGAUACGGUGUCGAUUAGAUCAAAUGGUGCACAAAAUGAAAAUAUUGGGUUGAACAUGACGAUAAACAGUCACGGUGGUGGGGCCCUGGGCGCGCACUACGCGGCGGAGCGGCUGAGCGUGCUGGGCGGGCUGCACGGCGGCCUGCACGCGCAUGCUCCCCUCGCGCCGUCGCCGCGCGCCGAGCCCGUGGCCGGGCCCUCCGGCCUGCCGCCCGUGCAGCAGGUGCCCCUGUCAUUGAAGAAAGAAAUUGACUGGGACAGGACCAAUGAGGAGAAGGCUGGCGGCGAGACAUCCUCAGAGUACAGAAUGCAACAUGAAUCCAUGUGCCUGGACAUGUCGUGCGGGUCCCCGAGCGUGGCGAGCCCCAUCCCCGCGCGCAGCCCCACCGCGCUGCCGCUGUGGUCGCCGCUGCUGGCGCUGCAGGCCUGCCGCCUGCGCCGCUACCUCAGCGACGACUGCAUGCUGUACCAGCACCGCCACCUGCUGCACGCGGAGCGGCGGCGCUGCGGCGUGUGCCUGGCGUCCUUCCCGUCCGCCUGGCUGCUCGAGCGCCACGCCGCGCUGCAGCACGCCGCCGCCGCGCCGCUCGACGACAAGCCCUUCGUGUGCGAGCAGUGCGGCCAGUCCUACCGCUACCGCUCCGCCUACGUCAAGCACCGCGAGCAGAACCACCGCGCCCGUCUGCCCGCCGACAAGCUCUUCACCUGCGACGUCUGCGGCAUGCAGUUCCGCUACCUCAAGUCCUUCAAGAAGCACCGCCUCAACCACACCCUCGAGCGUCUGCACACCAAGAACACCGACGCGCCCGAGACCGACCAGGUCUCCAGCACCAACGAGGCGCUCAUCGGCCAGUGCGGGGAAAUGGAUCUCUCUAUGAAGAAGAAAAACAGAAACGAUGCCUCUAAGACACCUACAGCUGAAGUAAUCCGAGACGCUGAACAAGACAGUACUGUUGAUUCGAACGGCGCCACUGACUCCGUAGUCACCGUCGACGAUUCAAUAGAGUGUCGCACUUCGGGCGCCGAGAGCGAGAGCAAAAGGGACGACGACACGACCUCAGAGGAGAAGAGGCGAGUCCCCGUUUCCUUCGCCAGCAUCAGUUCUAUGGCGGACAGUUCAGAGAAUGAGUCGCGAGCUGACAGCAGCAAACACGAGAGCUCCAGCUCGCACUCCGGGAUACUCAGCUUCAUGCAAAACGACGAGAGACAGCGGGACAGGGAGAGGCGGUUCGCGUGCCCCUUCUGCGGCAAGUGCGUGCGCUCCAAGGAGAACCUGAAGCUGCACGUGCGCAAGCACACGGGCGAGCGGCCCUUCGUGUGUCUGUUCUGCGGCCGCGCGUUCGGCGGCAAGAGCGACCUCACGCGCCACCUGCGCAUCCACACGGGCGAGCGGCCCUACCACUGCGAGGCGUGCGGCAAGUGCUUCGCGCGCGCCGACUACCUCUCCAAGCACCUCACCACGCACGUGCACAACACGCGCUGACCGCCCGCGGCCCGGCCUCCGCAUACCUCCGGCGCAAUGUAACUCCACUCCAUGCAGCUCCCUCGAUAAAGGUACGCUAUUGUGAACAGGUUUGCGGAAUUCAAUGACCGACCGAAUGUCUCGAACCGUUUCGGGACUUGAUGUUUAGGCUGGCGCGUUUCGAUCUCGUACACAGUUGAUGUUUGACAUUGAUGAUCGUUUUAAUUUAUCGUUAGUGACGAGUGACACCCCCGUAAGUACGGGGCGGUCACACCACAGGGCAAUGGACUACUGCAUGGAGUCGGUAGUUACAUUGUGCCCCUAUAGUUAAUGACCGAGUCAUAUUAUAACAGUAAAUGGGAAUAUUUUUUAAAAACGUUUUUAAACUUUACAACAUUAUUGAUAUAAGCAGGUUUAAUUAGAAUUUUACAGGACUAUUUUUCGUUUUGGAGUGUUUUAUGUAUAUUUAUGAAAAUAAUUUUCUAUAUUUAUUCUGGAAACAAAUAGUGAAUGAAAACUAGUUCUGUUUGCCGCAGAGCAAUAAUAACUAUAGAUGCUUAUUUUUUUCAUGCUGCAAUUACAUUUGUGUUGAACACAAUGGCUUGAAAAACUGCUUACUUACGCUAUGAGUUGCUGUCUCAGGCGAAACAUUAUUAAUGAAUUAGGUAUUUAAAUAUGCACACUUGAAUCGUUUAACGUAAGAGUUUUGCAUUAAUGUGCAGUGUUUGCUUGUCUCUCAUCAUGCCAGUAAUUUAGCAGUCUCGUUUUGUGUAACGUAGUUACGCAAUGCAGCGCAUUUGUUUUACGAUGAGGGACCAAGUGUGACGCUUCGAAGGACACGAGCAUUUGACUACAACUUAUGUUCAUCUGGCUAACGACGGUGUCAGUAUGACUAAUCACAGUGAACAUUCACAACGUGACAUCUUGACACACGAUUUGCGUUUUAAUAAAAGGCUUAAACAUAGUUUCUUUUGCCAUAUUUUUGUAUGCCUACGUAUAAUAAGAUUUUUUAAAUAACUCAUUCCAUUAAAGAGGAACUAGAAAAUUGGUAGUCGUGACGAUAGGUUAUUAGGAGAAUGCAAAAACUGUGAUUCGUACGAUUAAGACCAGUCAAACAAGUUUUAGAACAUCGAAAAUGUUUUAUGUAAUUUAAAAAUAACGUUAUCUAACAAUUAAUAUACCUACGUAUUAAUUAACUUUAGUUUUAAGAAAUCUCUCUGUGCCAAAAUAUGUACCUCAUAAAAAUAAACACUGAAGUAGAUAAAUUAAUUGUCAAUAAUUGUUUGUACACAUUUUGUUUUAUAUUUGAUAUUACAGUACAGAAAACAAGAUAUAAUAUAAUAGAUAGACUGGUUCUUCAGUCGAAACUCCUACGAGCCUAAAGGUUAGAUUAUAUUGUCUAUGGAUUUUAUUCAGUCGGCAAAUAGUCGUCCGCAAUGUUUCAGGAAAUGCGUCCGAUUGCCCUAAUUCGCGCCAUUUCGAAUUUUAAGAAUAAUAUAUUUAUAUCAAUGUUUUCCGGUUUUAAAGAGACUUUAUUUUUCACAGGAAGCUAGUUAUAUUUUAAUAAUUAUUACAUCUCGUCAAGACGAAUUUUAACUGCCGAUCUUGUGAUAUUCUCUAUCUAUACAAUACAUUUUAAGCGCCGGUUUUCAUAUACCUCUGUCCUUCUGUCCAUAGAGAUACAUAAAUGUAAUCAAUACUAUUUUCUUUCGAUAUUAAAUCAAACUUAAGAUUUAUCAGAGACGAGUCCGUCAAUUGCCAAGAAUAUUUUAAAUAAUUAAACCACCACAUUUUAAAUGUACAACUGAGAGCUUUACCGUCUUACCACAAAAACUUUUAAACGUCAGUUUAUGCCUUGUCUAAAAAAAUGUCAAAUUAUGACGUUGACAUAUGGUUCAUUUUGCUGCCAAAAUUUUAUUAGACAAGUGUAAAACAGGGUUUAAAGUUUUUGUAGUAAGGCCCAUAUUCUUUAAAAAUAUUUUAACACUUCAUUUGUAAACCGAUAAAGCCUAUAAUAAUACUGUAUAAAAUACUGUCAAUUAAGUCUAGGAUAAGUAAUAAUAUGCUGUUUGUAUAACAGUUGUCAGAUAUUUUAAUUAAAAAACAUUGCGGGCGAAUAUUUUCACCAUAUUUUGGAGUAGUGUGUUACUCUGUUACAGCCGUUUCCAUAGAAUGCCUACAGUUUACCACAGUUAGAUAGGAAGUCAAUGCAACGAAAUAUUCAGGUACAGGUAAUGUUAAACGAAACAUUUUUAAUAUAGCGUAAUUGAUUUAGUUAGUACGUUUUAACAUAAGCCGGUUUUAACUGAGAAUAUUAACUUUUUUUAUAGUUUUAUUUGUUCAUUGUUAUACAUGAUACAGUUAAAAUAAAGUGUAUUAAAAUAUAAUAGUGACUUUGCCAGAGGGAUAUAAUAAGUAAGAUAGGUAGUCGAAAACAUUAAGUAUAAACGAGAAGCAAUACUCUGAAUUUUUAUUUUUACUACCGAAAUACUCUAUUGCUAGAGGAGCGAAUAUGGAGACUCGUCAUUUACUAUAUAAAUGAAAGAAACAUGAUUUUUAUAAAAUAUAGCUACAGUUUGUUGAAGAUUGCCAUCCACUAAUGUUUCACAGGCAGUGUCCGUAUUCUCUCUUGAGUGUUAUACCAACAAUACUAUCAAAUAAACAAUGUAAUGCAUUCACAUUGUGUAUAAUGUAGAUAUUUUGCCAUUACUUCAAAUUUAAAAUAUAAAUAUUAUUCAAAAUUGAUGUUGACUGUUUUUAUAAGUAUAUCAGCGGUAGUUACUUGAUGUUGUGGUGUAAUUUAGUGUCUUAUAGGUUUAAGGUCAUAAACCACUCAAAGUAAGUAAUUUUGUCUUAGUGUCUAUGUCCGAAAUAUGUCAAUGGCCAGUUUUAUAAUAUUAAAAAAGUCGAUUUGAGAUUCAAAAAUAUUAUAGUUACUUUGAGUGGUUCAUUAUUUUGAAUUCUCGUAGUGUUAAAAUUGGUGUGGUAUUCUUUAUAUCUGUUCUUGUAACAUACAUUUUAACUCUAACAUAUAUAUUAGAUAAUUUAAUUUUAAAUCAGAUUCUAAAAUAUAGUAAGCACAGCAGACGUUAUGUAAAUAUGCAUGUGCUAACCAGGUCAAAUGUGAUAAAUUAGGAUUUAAGUGAUCUUUCAUUUUGUUAAGAACUGUAAAGAAUUUCAAAUGUAAACAUUUUACCAUGAUUAGUUUGAAAGUCUACCAUAUUUUCUGUUCUGAUAUAAGAAGUGGGCAUAUAAUAUUUUUGAGCGUUAUCAUUAUACCUAUUUUUGUCGACUGUGAGGUUAACGGGCAUUAUUUAUUGUACUACUUUAAUAGUCUUCAUCUUAAGUACUUCCGUGAAGGGAGGAUAGGUAGAGAAAUAAGAUUGCGCCAGUCUGGAAUAAUGUUAGAACGUGCAGUGUUACAGUGACGCACAAUUUUGACACUUUUUAAAGCGUUUUAUAUAUUAUCUCCGUCCACUAAAUAUUGUGUGUCUCGUUUCAUUAUUUUCACCGACUGAUGGCAUUGUAGAGUUACAUUUUGAUUACUGUUCCAUUUAAUAUUUAUUAUUUCAACAUCUUCUGCAAUAGAUACCUACCUACAUAUAGGAUUAAUGGUUAUGAGAUACGGUUACAACGACUAUUUAUUACAAGUUUUUACAUGUUUAUGUACUGCAAUAGGAAAAUAAUAUACUGACGAUCUUGUGUAGCUGAUGUUAUCUGGUGGGUUUAGUUAAUUAUGUGAUGUGAGGCAAGCGGCCGCGCUUGUCUGUUCUGGGGUUUAUUUGUGGGAGGCGGUUACACGGAGCGAGCCACGAGCCACGCAACUAUGACAACGUAUAGGAUAUCGAAUGUAGCUAAUAGUACGGUGAUUGCACAGAAUGUGAUAUUAUUUUACGAGGAGGCAGGCGAUGGCGAGGCACGGAGCCUUCACUGUACGGCCAACGACGAUCGAACGUAGAUAGACUGAUUUUCGGGUAGAAGUAAAAGUAGGCCAGAAGUUUCGCAGUCAAUAACUAAUAUUUAUAAAUAGGUGUUGAUUUAAAAAUGUUUUACAAGCCAAAACACAGUCUCAAUAGCUUACGACAUAAAACAAUAAGAGAGUUAAUUUAAUUUUUAAACAUAAUUAUACAGAAUCUUUUAUAUACCAAUCUUAAAUUAUUUUUCAGAUGUAUUGAUUUUUAUACAUCUCCAUAUACAACAAUGAAUAGAGGUAAGUGUAGACAUAGAUGGGUCUAUUAACCGCGUGGUGCUACAAUGUGUAAUGAUAUGUGAUAGAAACUGUUCUUCAGAGACAUUUUAUUUAUUGAAGCUUCCAUAGGUAAUAAAUAUAGUCACAUUACACUAUGAUAUACCCACAUCAGCAAUAAUUUGGUUUAGGUAAUUAAUUACAUAAGGAUUUAUUUUGUCCAGUAUUUUAAAGGUGUCAUGUGGUUGGUCGAAUGUCUCUUAGAAACCAAAGUAUCCAGUAAUGUAAGGAAUUGUGUGCGUAAGACUAAGAUGGUGUAACCAUUCCACAAUUUUAAUAUUGUAUCUUUUCACUUGUAAUUUAUUUCUAUGAGAUUUAAGUCGACCAAAUGCCAUCGACGUGGUGGUGCGAGUUUUAAAAUUGUAGGUUUUUUAAUUAAUUAUUUCUUAUAAAUACGUCCAAGUCUUAUUAACAUUCAUGAUAAGGCGAGAUCGUUAAUGUAUUUAAACGUAAUACAGACAAUGCUAGUUAGGAAAUUUUCAUUAGGUUUUGGCUGGUCAGAAGUAUUGGCUCUCAAACAAUACUGGAAUAUUAUGUGUAAAUUGUUUUAUGGCCUUAUUAAAAUAAAGUUAUCUCGGAAUAAAUUGUAUGUAUAGUAAUAACAUAAAACUUUCUUACCUGUUAAAGUAAUGAAAAUCGGACAAAGAAGUAUUUUAAUGAUUUCGUUUUUAUUUUUAAUAUAUUAUUCGUACUUUGAAAUAUUCGUAGUGUGUACCUAUGUGCCGAUGUCGGGCGCUAAGAAUAAAUUAUAUUGUAUUUGUAUAUAAUUCUGUAUUUCUUCGAUGAACGGUUUUUGUUAACAAUCUUUAUUUAUGCCUUGGGUCAGUUUAUCCGAAACCUAGUUGAUAGUACAUACAUACUGUUACAUAAUAUAUUUUUUUUACUUGUAUAUUUCAGAUAAUUAUUAUUGUUAUACAGAUCGUUUUAUAUUUUUAUCGUGAUUAACUAUUACUUGUUUUCAAGAUUUUAAUUUUGCAAUAUGACUAUUCGUCUAUAAAAUAGUCCAUUUAAUUUAUAAUAUCUUGUCCAUUGUCCAAACUAACUUAGGCAUAGUUCCAUAUUUUGGAUGUGUAUUAUACCACAGUCUAAAUUUAAACGCUAUUGUGUAUAUUAUUUCAUUUUAAUAUCGAUGUGCAAAAUUAUAGUAAAUGUCUUGGAUCUCUAAAAAUAAGAAAAAAAAAAGACAAAAACACUUUACGAAAUUUCUAAAUGUGCAAUAAAUAUGUGUGUUGUAGUGUUACCAUUAGGCGUAAAAUUUUUAGCUUUGCAAGUGUUGCCACUGGUAAUAUAUUGGACGAUGCUGUCGUAUCUUCCACUUUAUGUUGUUUAAUAUUACAAUGAUCUCAGAAUAUUAACAGUAGCAACAUUUGCAGAGCAUAUUAAAUGAAUAUUUGGCACUUAUAAAAAAGGCACAUUUCCCUAUCAUAUUGAAAAUGGUUUGAAAACGUGUUGAAAAUGGAUUUGUUGGUAAUUAAUUUCAUAAUGAAAUAUAUUUGUUUCAUUAA